AAAGCAAUGGCCAUGUAUAUGUGGAUUCAGAAGUUGAAGCCGUUCAUUCUCGUGGUAUUCUUGCAACUCGGGCUGGCUGGAAUGGACAUCAUUUGCAAGGCUGCCUUGAACGAGGGCAUGAGCAAUUAUGUGCUCGUUGUCUACCGACACGCUGUUGCCACAAUCGUCAUCACGCCUUUCGCCAUCAUCCUCAACAGGACAACAAGGCCGAAGAUGACACUCCCCAUCUUCAUCAGACUGAUGGUGCUUGGCUUAUUGGAGCCAGUCAUUGACCAGAAUUUAUACUAUUUAGGGAUGAAGCACACGACCGCGACAUUCGGAGCUGCCAUGGCCAACAUUCUUCCAGCCAUCACCUUCGUCAUGGCUUGCAUCAUGCGACUUGAGAAGGUGAAAAUGAGGAGCAUUCGGAGCCAAGCUAAGGUUUUUGGGACAUUUGCAACAGUCACUGGAGCCAUGAUCAUGACACUAGUCAAAGGCCCGGUUCUCCAACUAUUUCGGACACGAGGAGGAGGGACAACCAGCAACAACAUUCAAAACGGGAGUGAUAGUAGUGGGAUCAUCCUCCAGAAUUCCAUCAAGGGUUCUCUCUUGAUUGCAAUUGGAAUGUUCUGUCAAGCUUGCUUCGUGAUUCUCCAAGCAACAACACUAAAAAAAUAUCCUACCGAGAUCUCUCUCACGGCUUGGAUAUGCUUCUUGGGGACUGUUGAGGGUGCCGUCGUGGCUCUAGUCAUGGAAAGAGCAAACACUACCGUUUGGUCCAUACAUUGGGAUGCCAAAUUACUUGCGGCUGUCUACAGUGGAAUAGUCUGCUCAGGAGCGGCCUACUACAUUCAAGGUGUGGUCAUGAAAGAUAGAGGACCAGUUUUCGUCACGGCCUUCAAUCCUCUAAGCAUGGUGAUUGUGGCUGUCUUAAGCACCUUCAUGUUGGCUGAGCAGCUUACCUUGGGAAGGAUUAUUGGUGCAAUCGUCAUUGUGGCUGGUUUGUACCUUGUUGUUUGGGGCAAAAGCAAGGACUACAAAUUGCCUUCACCAGUAGAUGAGCAAUCGUCACUGCCAACAGGGCUGGCUGACCCCGAGGGCAUAGACGAGCCAAUAGCAUUGCCAACAGAGUUGGCUGACCGUGGGGGCAACAGAAUGGACAACUUCAGUCAUGAGAUGAUAAUCGCUGAUGAAUAAAAUUCGUUUUUAUUAGUUAUAAUUUUCAUGAACUAUAAAUGUCGUGUAAUCUCUGAAUAGAUAGUAGUGAUACCUAUUUCCUAGAUUAUCAACGAAGUAGGUUGACGUCGUUUGUGAGGAUAUAUGUGUUUGAGGAAAUUCAAAAGGUAAUUUAUCAUUCCCAGACAUAAUAAUCACACUCCGAAGUCAAUACACUUUCGCAAACUUUGCACUUGAACAUGUUCCAAAAAUCCAGAUAAUAUGAAUUUUUCAUAUGAUGCGAAAUAUUGGAAGCGCAAAACACGAGGAUUCAAAGCUUUUUAGAACCGAAACGGGAGAAUGCUUUUUCUACGUGAGAAAGGUACAAAAACCCAGAAAAUGGGAGAGACUCCGGCCAGCGUUAUCCUAACAUAGCACGACCCAAUGGUGUUUAAUCAGAAAAUGAGGAUUCAGUUUCUUCCUUCAAAGACCCAUCUCUAGAUGUUUCUUUACCAUCUCCAUUGGACAAACUAGAUUUUGAUGUUUAAUCGUACUCUCCACAAAAUUUAAGCACGACCCAAUGGUGGAUUAAUGUGCACUCAUUGAUUUCAAAAGUUGCACACUGGAGUCUCCUGUUGGCCGUGACCGAAUAUGAGUGUCCGUGAGUGUGCGUGAGAAGGAUUUGGAGAUGGUCUU